AUGCCGACGUUUGUAACUCUCCCGAACGAGCUGCUGCUCGAGAUUGCUCGAUCUGUCGACGAGAGACCCGAUUUGCUCGCCCUCACCCUCGUUAGCAAGCAAUGCCACGGCGUUGCCGACCUGGCUCUGUGGCAGCGCGAGGUCUCCCUGAAUCGACCUGGGCCAUUGCACUGGGCCAUUGAAGAGGAAAACAUCUCUCUCGUCAGGAAGGCUCUCGACUAUGGUGCUGACCCAAACCAACCUGCCUACCGCCGUUGGCCGAGACCAGUGAUCGAGGAGACUCACUGGUGGGACUAUACACCAAUUCGCACCAGCACCCAGAGCCUCACUUCAAACGGCCACUCUCACAACGAUAGCGUUGAUAGUUCUUGGGCCGAGUUUGGGUGGUCAUGUUGGCGUCCGCUUCACCUUGCCGUUACCAAAGGCAGAACCGAUAUGGUUGAGUUGCUUCUCGACCGUGGGGCCGCAAUAGAUGAGUUAUCAUGGCGUCUUUGCAACUGUAGGCCACAUCCAUCAAAUGACUUGUUCCCUCGCCUCCACGCUAGAGCCGAGAAUAUGGGUCAAGGCUUCCUGGACAUAAUGGAUGGUGGAUGGACCCCUCUUCACCUGGCCAUAUGCCAUCAAGAUGUCGAGAUGGCGAAGCUGCUCCUUCGCCGUGGGGCAUCGACAGACACUCACCGGGAUCUUCGAUGGAACCACAAUGCCUCUGGUGAACCAUCUCCAAGAGAGAAUAUCACAGCCAUGCACGAGGCUGCGCGUUACGGUCUUCUGGAUCUCAUGGUCUUUCUAGUUGAAGGAGGCUAUCAGUCUGUCGAUACAUAUUCACGCCUGGUUGGAAAGCCAAUUCACCUGGCCAUCUGGAACGGGCACUUCGACACGGUUGUGCCGUGGCUGAAGGAACAAGGCGCCAAUUUAGACGAGGUUUGCAAUGAGACAGGCACGACUCCACUUCUUGUCAUGUGCAAAAACCAACAGCUUGACAGCGUUGUUCAACUCAUUGAGCUUGGAGCCGAUGUCUCUUCUCGUGUCGACGACGACCGCGCUUUCACAGCGCUGCACUUGCUGGCAUACCAAGCACCAGAUGAUCGAGGGAAUUUAGGCGGCAUACAAAAUGCCACUAUAUCAGAGGUUGUCAAGCUUAUUGUUUCCAAUGGCCUUGAUGUUGAUACGCCAGAGAGCGCCAGUGGAUUCUCGGCUCUCGUCCUUGCAAGUGGCCAUUGCGACCUUGAUAUGAUGCGAGCCCUGCUCGAGUGUGGUGCUGACCCUAAUUAUAGGGAUCCCGGUGGCUCUACCGCGUUCAACAAGGUUGGCGUGCUAACUGAGUCGCCAAGACCUCGUAUCUAUGAAGCAGGCCGCAUGCUGAGUGAUUGGGGUCUUGAUAUUCAAGGGCCUUUCGCUGAGAACCAAACAACUCCACUCAACUCGGUGUGCCUAGCUCGCGCACGAUCAUCUGUGAUUAGCCCAUUCCGCGAUAGACAGUUUCUGAAACUCGCAAGGCUUCUGCUGAAUCGGGGGGCGGAUCCGAAUGAAACAGGACGGUUCAGCUCUGGCCCAGUCUCACAGGCCAUCUACAGCUGUGCAUUUGAUAUGGCAUCUCUACUUCUCGAGAAGGGCGGCCGGCCACAAGUCAAUGACCUCGAAAUGCUCUUAAAGCCAAUGGUACUUAGACCGACUUAUCAGUCUGGCCUUGUUUCAUACGUCCUUGGGCUCGACUAUGAGAAAUAUGGUAUCCUGCGACCCUCGAAUAUGUUUUUGGACGACUUGAUAAAGAAGUCCUUUAUCCAAGGUGCUUGGCAAGCUACAGCAGAGCUCGUGGAGCACCACAAUAGCUCAGCAUUGCCGGCCAAUGCCCUCCAUCGCGCCCUGGACCGCCCCACCGUAGAAUUCAACACGGCAAGCAACCUCCCACUGCCGUUGAUUCAAGCGCUGCUCAAGGAUGGUGCUGACCCCAACGCCACUUGGAAGGGCGAGCCCGCUUUAUACUACGCAGGACGAGCUGCCGCCUUCGAAUCGUGUACCAAAGAACUCAUUGCAGCCGGGGCUGACCUGGAGAUAACAACACCAAAAAUGCCACAAGGGGCGUUACUCUUCCUGUUCAGGAAUGGUCGCCACUGCGCCCUGGGUCAUAUUAUCGAGCAUGAUGACAAGAUAUUCCAUAAUCAGCCCAAGGAAUUUCAUUCCAAGUGCUGGGAAUAUCUCCUCCGGCCCGGGGCCAACAGGGACAUAACUGGAGACUCCCAACACUUCGCGGCUGGCGAACAAGAGGGCACAAAUGCUGACGACUCAACGGGUGAAAUUGACCUCGAAGAGGAAGACUACGAUAUCACCCCCAUUGCCUGGCAGCCAAUCCUCGAGUACGUCAAACGUGGACUUAGAACAGAUGUUGAUUUUGAGUGUGGGGACACGUUGCAAAACACAAUACGAAGGGUUGCGUUGCGAUGUCCUAUGUCGGACUAUGAUGCGAGAAGCCAGAUUUUCGAACAUCUGGGUCUUUCAAUGAAAGACCUAGAAACGGAACUUAUCGAAUACGAAAGAUGGAGGAGACAUGCCAUGGGAAUUGACGAACUGCCGUUCCAUUAG